AAACGGGCAGCGUCACUCCAAAUGCGCCAGGUAAACUGUCGCAAACUAGUGAUGUCAUCAUGCGCCCCCCUUACCCCCUUGUUUCUUUGUCGACACUGUCGCUAGCAAGCAGGGACUCGGACUGAUACAAAGCUUCAAUCGCAAACCCAGGUGCUGACUGCCACUUUGCGAUCAUCGCCCACCCGGCUGUUCUGCCAGACUGUGUUGUUGCAUCAGUAUCCAACACAGAGACACAUCCUCCUAUCUGCUGCGUAACAGGCGGCCCUGGUCCCCCCUCAACCUGCCCCCUGCGCUAUGAGCAGAGGACGAGGAGGGCCCCCCAUAGAGCAUUACCACCGACCCCCUCUCCCCCAACUGCAGGCUAAGCAACAAUACUACAGAGCUGGACCCCUGGGAUUUCACCCCAGAGCCUCCCCGCAACAGGCCCUACACCCAAACGUCCAUUCAUACCUGGGCCCAGUUCCCCCUCUAGUACCACCCAGUGCCCACUCUCAGCCUCUCUACCCCUCUGUCCCUCCCCCACCCGGACACAGCCCAGGCCUGAGUCAGCAGAGCUCUUGUCCCAGUGGUCCUAACUCCUUCAGGCAGCAGCAGGUCCACUUCCUGAGGGGACAGAACACUGAGGCUCCCCAGUUUAGGGUGAGCCCCAGAGGAGGGGUGCAGAGCUUGGGUCGAGGGGGACCGAACGGACUCUAUAACGAAUCGAACCAGGCCCAGGCAGGGUACAGCAGGUACUCCCAAAACAGCUCUAGGGGGAGAGGGGGACCGAGCGGACUCUUCAACGAAUCGAACCAGGCCCAGGCAGGGUACAGCAGGUUCUCCCAAAACAGCUCUAGGGGGAGAGGGGGAUACGGCAGCGAGCGAGGCAGAGGAAACGGUAGGGACUUCAGGUACCCGCCCAGUCAGGGACCCCCUAGAGGACCAACCGGCCCUACAUUCUGGAACCAGAAGCAGACUUCAACCCAAAAGCAAGGCUUCAACAGACAGUGGAGCCUUCAUGCAGACUGUGCUGACAGGCCGUCUUUCUCAGAAGGCUUUCAGAGUUUAUCCUUAGACAGAGAGAGGUCCUACAGAGGAAGAGUUGACCGAGGCGACAGCUUUGACAAAGCUUCUGUUGGUAGUAGUAAUAAUUCAAACAACAAGAGUGUCCCUACAUUUCAGCCACCCGACAUCAGAGAGCAAGUUUUGCAAGCCUUGGCAGAUUUGAGCCCCGGUGAGAAGCUACAAGCAAAGUGUUUGGCGAAAACGCUGCGGUUGCCCAAAAAGUUUAUCAACCAGGCCCUUUACGGUCUUGAGCGUGAUAAGAAAGCUUCAAAACACGGUGAAAGUCCUCCAGAGUGGACUGUCUACGUAGAACCACAGGAAGAACCGGAAAGUAGAGAUUCUGAUCCGGAAAGCCCACGUUCCCAACCGAGGGAACAUUCUGUGGAGUCACAGGAAAGACCUUCAGAAGAAGAUUGCUCUCACUUCCUGUCUGUGAAGGAGGAGGACAUUGUCAUCGAAGCUGAGAUCCAGCAAAUUGAAGCGCAGGGUCCUGAGGGCGACAAAGAAGAAGAUUACUACGUAGAAUCGGAUUCACACUCCUCUUCCUCAGAACCAUCUGAGUCAUAUCGGCAACAUUCCCAGUCCCAAACCCAACAACCCAGUAUCAACAGCAGCAGUAACGAAGAGCUUGACCUAGACCUUGACGAGAGCGACAUGGCAGACUGCGGCAGUAAUCAGAAGGAGUUGAUCCUGCAGUAUCUGCUGGAGGCAGGGGAGGCCACGGCCCUGGUGAUCUCCAAGAACCUGGGCCUGAGGGGCGCCAAGCAGGUCAACCCCACCCUGUACGCCAUGGAGAAGCAGGGUGACGUGAGCCGCAACGCAGAGGUGACCCCUCACAUCUGGGAGCUAUCUGUCCAUCGCAGGGAGAGGAUGGAGAGGAGCCUCAAGGCCGAGCGCAGCGCCCCUGCAAAGGUCGAAGGAAUGGGGUCCGGAUUCCAGGCGGUGCCACCCGGAUUGGAGUGUCUAGAGGCCAACGCUGAGGCGGAGGACGAGUCGAACGGAGGGCAGUGGGCGACCGACGAUAUCCCCGAAUUCCUCAACGCCAUCAGCCGGGAUGGAGGGGGGACAGUAGCAGUCUCCCUGGCAGCGCCCCCACCUCAGAACCUCCGUGCCAAACUCCAGGAGGUGAGGGCCAAGAACCCUGUCAGCGGCCUGAUGGAGUUUGCCCAGUACCAGGGACACAAUUGCGAGUUCCUGCUCCUCGACCAAUCAGGGCCCUCACAUGACCCCAGAUUCCGUAUGCAGGUCAUGCUGGACGGCAGGUUGUUUCCUGUUGCUGAGGCAUCUAAUAAAAAGGUGGCUAAGAAAGAUGCUGCCGCAGCAACCCUGAAGAUUCUGCUGCGUGAGAUAGAGGGGGGAGGGGCCGAGGAGGGGCUCACUGCAGGGGUGGACCAGGCCAUGGACCCCACCUCUGACGUCCCUGAGGUGGUGGAGGGUCCACCCCAGGCCCUGUCCCGUUCCCUGCCGGGGGGUAAGAACCCCGUGUCCAUGCUGAUGGAGUACAGUCAGCGCACUGGAAACCCCAUAGAGUUCAUCAACACUGGACAGGAGGGCCCACCUCACGACCCACGGUUCAUGUUCAGGGUGAAGAUCGGGGAAAGCCUGUGUGCUGAGAGCUCAGCCCCCAGUAAGAAGGCUGCCAGGCAGCUGGCUGCAGAGGAGGCAGUCAAGGAGUUAAUGGCCGACGGGAGACUGCAGCUCAACAAGCCCCAGUUUCCCCUGUGUCUGUCUGGUGAUGAAGGGGGCUUCAUGCCCGCUUGCCCCUCCCUGCCCCCGCUGACAGAGGAGGAGCUGCGUUCUGCCCACGAGGCGGGGGUUGGUGACCUCAUCAGCCACCUAAACAACAACGCCGUGUCAGGUCUGCUGGAGUACGCCCGGGCCAGGGGCUUCGCUGCAGAGAUACGACUGGUUGGGCAGUCAGGACCACCGCACGAGCCCAAGUUUACCUACCAGGCUAAACUAGGGGGUCGCUGGUUCCCUCCUGUCUGUGCUUCCAAUAAGAAGCAAGGGAAACAGGAAGCAGCUGAUGCAGCUCUGAGGGUUCUGAUUGGAGAGGCAGAGAAGGCUGCCCGCACCGGGGAACUAACCCCUGCAGAGCUGCCACUGAGUGGUGGGACAAUCCAUGACCAGAUCGCCAUGUUGAGUCACCAGCGUUUCAACGCCCUCACCACACGCAUACAGCACAGUCUUCUGGGAAGGAAGAUCCUCGCUACCAUCGUCAUGAAGAGGGGGGAAGGGCUGGGGACCGUGGUCAGUCUGGGAACAGGAAAUCGCUGUGUUAAAGGGGAGGAGCUGAGUCUUAAAGGGGACACCGUUAAUGACUGCCACGCAGAAAUCAUCUCCAGGAGAGGGUUUAUCAGGUUUCUAUAUGCUGAGUUGCUGAAGCACUGUGAAGGAUCAGAGGACAGCAUAUUUGAGACAGCUGAGGAGAACAAGCUCCGGAUCAAACCUGACACCACCUUCCACCUCUAUAUCAGUACUGCUCCGUGCGGAGACGGGGCGUUGUUUGAUAAGUCGUGCAGCGAGGACGCGGGGGACGGCCAGGGCCACCAGCCCCUGUUUGAGAACGCCAAGCAGGGCAAGCUGCGCACCAAGGUGGAGAAUGGUGAGGGCACCAUCCCGGUAGAGUCAUCGACCAUCGUGCCCACCUGGGACGGCAUCCAGCACGGCGAGCGUCUGAGGACCAUGAGCUGUAGCGACAAGAUCCUUCGCUGGAACGUCCUGGGACUGCAGGGAGCCCUGCUCUCCCACUUCCUCCAUCCUAUCUACCUGGCUUCAAUCACCCUGGGCUACCUGUACAGCCAUGGCCACCUGACACGUGCUGUCUGCUGCCGAUUGGCCAGAGACGGCGAAGCCUUCUCCAAGAGUCUACCUGCUCCCUACACACUCAACCACCCCGAGGUGGGCAGGGUGAGUGUGUAUGACUCGACGCGUCACACAGGGAAGACCAAGGAGUCCAGCGUGAACUGGAGCCAGCCAGACCACAUCACUGUGGAGGUGCUGGAUGGGACCAAGGGCAAACUGGACGGCCCCAAACUGGACGUGUCGCGGGUCUCCAAGUCCAACAUCUUCCGUCAAUUCCGGUUGUUAUGCCAACAGUGCGGGCGCCAGGACCUGCUGGCUCUCCCGUCUUACGCCCAAGCCAAGAUGGCCGCCAUGUCCUUCCAGGUCGCCAAGCAGCAGUUCUUUGAUGCGCUCGGUAGCCAUGGUUACGGAGCCUGGAUUGGCAAGCCAUUGGAGGAGAAGAGCUUUGACGAAGCGGCGGCCUCCGAUGGCCAAGGGGCAGGAAGUGUUGCUAAUAGCAACCAGGGAUACAACAACAACAAUAGCUAUGGAAGCACAACCACUGACUAUAACAGCAGCCAGUGGGGUAGUAGUGCGUAUACACAGGCCAUGUAGAAAGGAGGGAGAAGGGAGGGUUGGCUAGAGAUGGAAGGACAUGAGCCUGGAGGACGGGGGGAAGGGAGGAGAGGAAAGAGGAGCUGACAGCAAGUACUGGAUCUUCUUGAAAGGGGUAGAGGUCAGACAGAUUGGAAAGGACAGAGUUACUGAGAUGGAGGGAGGGAAGGGGACAACAGUCCAGCCCAAGGGGUGAGGGUCAGACAGCAGCAAGAGAGAUGGAGAAAGAGAAGGGGUUGCUACUGCUACAGAAAAGCAACAGAAUAUAGAAAGAGAGGGGAGAAUAGGGGGUUAGUAAGCAUGAUGACUGUGAUGUAGUGACAUUCAGAACUGCAUAGCAUGCACUACUGCUCCACUGUAACAGUAGCCCCAGGACACUCUAUCCUCACAUGUACAUACAGGACAAACCCUCCCUGCCCU